AUCAUCGGCAUUAUCACGCUCAUCCGUUUCUUCUCGCCCCCGACGGCGAGUACAUACCUACCCGCCACCCUGGUCGUCUCGUGCAAUCUGCACAUCACGGCCGAAGUGGCCAACCUAUCCGUGACGAUCUACAUGAACUUCCAGGGCAUCUCGUCGCUUUGCUUCGGCACGCUGACCGAUAUGUUCGGGAGACGACCGAUCUACAUC